UUUCUGCAUAAUAUUCAGGAAUAACCUAUCAAUAUAAUUCCCUUCAAAUUUGGAAGAGUCCAAGCAAAAAAUUGUGUGCAUGUAGAAGAAAGAAACAUCCACUUGGGAAGCCAGCAAGUCACCACAGAGAUCUUCUGUGAUCCUGCUGGAUUGGGAGCUGUUUCAUUUUGGGAGAAAAAUGCUGGCUUUCCGCUCAAGAGAAGUUCUGUGGAAAACUCAGCAAUAAGGAAUGAGUUCCAAACAACAGCAAGUAUUCACCAAAGAAUCAGAGGCAACAUCAACUACAUCGCUAAUAAGUUUCAGGCUACAUGUGAUUAUAGUGCAGAAUUAGUAACAUGUCUUCUUUUGACCUAAAUCAGUGGUGCUCAAUCUUUUCAUGUGCAGAGCCAGAUAAAUAGUACCUGGUUCCUCCAUGGGCUGGAUCCAGCCAGUAGACACAAUAUGCUGCCUGGGGCCCAUGCAGCAGAGUCCUAUCCAGCAUGAAAAUGCAAUACAUUAUGUCUAGAUAUAUUUUUAAUAGUUUCCUAAUAGAAUGAAAAGUCAGAUCAUUAGUAUUGUGAAGAACUAAGCUACUUUACACAAGGCCUAUGUCAGUUUACAAAGUUCUAUAGCUUUAAUACAGCUUUUGUACUAGGCUGAUUCCACAAAUUUGAGGUACUCUGCAAAGCCAAAUUCACUGGGCUUCCUAGCUACAACUUUCAGUGUGCUACCUCUUCCACUUUCCCUGCCCCAAUUUUCCAUGUUACUCUAAGUAUAGAAAAUAGAAGAACAUAUCCAGAACAGCUUUGUAUUUGUUAGAGAGUGAAAUGGGAAUUUUGUAAUGAAUGGAGGGUUAGUGCUAAAUAAAAAGAGGACACAGCCUGCAACAUGUUCCAGCCAAGUUCAAGGAAAAUAUAGCGGCAUCCUGAUUCCCCCAAGGAUAAAGAUAGCUUACUACAGAGCUCUCAGUCAACAUGAAUCAGCUCAGUACUCAACAAUGAGCAUGGCAGUAAGCAGUGCAGUAAACAUCAGCUAGUAUUUCAACCAGCCCCCUGUGACUUCUGGUUUGGCAGUUUCAUUUGGACCGGUCCUGUCUUUGUACUAAUGUUUUGCUGUUCAUGGCACUAAACUUGAUUUUUCUCACUGUUGUGUACAAUAUAAAUAUGUUUGCCCUGUUACCUUAUAUGGGUCAGUGGCUCCAACAAUCACCCAUUUCUAGCAAUACAUUUUUAAUCAAAACAAAGCCAUAGCUGCCAAAAACUAUUUUUUUUAAAUCUGUAUAUAUAAUAAUGGAUGAAUGGAAGGAAAUAUCCUCAAUUCUUUGGGGUCUAGCUCCAGUGAAUGACUCACAGGCAGAAUCCCCCAUGGCCCCCGUCCUUGACCCCCAGCAUAGCUGGGAGGUAAGUGGGGCCUGCAGUGGGUGGGAAUUAGACAGCUGUGGGAGGCAGCUGAGAAGAGCUAAGGAGGUUCAUGCCCUCAUCCAGCUCCUACUUGGCCCAGCCCCCCAGGGAGCCAUGUGACCAGAGCCUCAUGAACAGAGCAUGCAAACAGGCAUAGUCCGGGCCCAGUGCAUGAGUUAACAUGAGAGUUCGCACAGGAGGACGAGCAGGAGGGGCAUGAGGCUCUAGGUGGUGAGCCUGAAGAGAAGGGUCUGCACAGCAGUAGCCCAGACUAUUACCUGCACUGUGGUGGGGAUAUGCCAUGCCCCAAAGAUCACUUCCAUGACUGGGCCAGCCCCCCACCCUCCAGUACCUCCAAGUCCUCCACCCAGGUGAAACCCAUAGUUCUGGCCUCCACUAAGAUGGUGCCCUUGGCUUUCAUCUGUGGGAGCUGCCUGGCAUAACUGCAGACACAUGGGAUCAGGAGCAAUGACACUGCCCCUUGUGAGGUUUGCUCCAUAUUGGAGUCUCUGGAGUAAGGAUAGGGGAGCUCCAGAGUGCAGUGCAGAGGCUGCAUGCCAUCAGGUGUAGUGAAGAGGAGAUUGACUCCUACUGCCAGGCUCUUCACCUGAAGAAAAAAGAGGGAAGAACUAGGUUGCCUGCCAGGACAAGGGUGGACAAGAGGAGCUCCCAUACUGUCCAGGCAGGGGUUUGGAUGAAGGUUGUCUUUAGCCCCGAGGCUCAUUGCACUAGGGUCACCUCCCCCCUGGAUCUCCACAACAGGUACAAACCCCUUGCAGCACCAAUAGAACCAGCAGAGCUGCCAGCUCCUGCACGUGAGGAACAAAUGCAACCAGCUGCCAUCCCUAAGAAGAAAUGCAGAGUGGUCAUCAUGGAAGACUCCCUCUUGAGGGGGACAGAGGGAGCAAUGUGCCACCCUUAUCCCUUAGCCUGCGAGGUCUGCUGCCUCCCAGGGGCCUGUAUCUGGGAUAUAGCUGAUAGGAUCCCAAAACUUAUUCAGCCCUCCAACUACUAUGCCAUGCUCCUUAUCCAUGUGGGCACAAAUGACAUGACUCAGAGCAAUCCCAGCCAGGUUAUAAAUUACUACAGGUCUCUGGGAGCAGCGCUCAAGGGGUUGGGGGUGCAGGUGUUUUUCUCCUUGAUCCUUCCAGUUAUGGGUCAUGGGCUGAGGAGGUAGAGACAAAUUGAAGUAGUGAACAGAAGGCUGUGGCGCUGGUGCCAUCAUGAAGGCUGCAGCUUCUAUGACCACAAUCCACACUUCAGAGAGAGAGGUAGCAGUUUGUUGGGAAGGGAUGGCCUCCACCUCACUCCAUUGGGAAAGAAGCUCUUCUCAGCCAGAAUGACUGACCUGCUUGACCAGGCUUUAAAUUAAGUUCGCCAGCAGAUGGGCAGAUAACCACCAGUACAAACCCCAGUACAUGAUCCCAUAGGGAUAAUGGAGACCUGGUGGAACUGCACCUAUGACUGGACUACAGGUAUAGACUAUAGCUUGUACAGGAGAGAUUGUGUUGAAAGAAAGGGUGGGGAUGUAGCUGUCUGUGAAGGAGCAGUACACUUUCCUACAAGUAGAGAUUGGCACCCAAGGAGGGUGACUUGAGACCCUCUGGGUUAGAGUACAACGGGAACAUGGUGAAGGGAAUAUAAUGGUAGGAGUCUACUACAGACCUCCAAAUCAGGAGCAAGAGCUUGACCACGAAUUUGUUAGGGAACUGGCUGAGGCUGCAUGCUCUCAGUGCAUGGUUGUCAUGGGAGACUUUAACUACCCGGACAUCUGGUGGGAAGAGAACUCAGCCAAAUCUGAUCUGUCACAACUUCCUCACAUGCAUGGAUGAGUUCUACCUGUCUCAAGAAGUUUACGGGCUGACAAGAGGUAAGAUGCUGCUGGACCUAGUACUGGCCAAAGGGUAUGAUCUAGUCAGCGGCCUAAUAAUUGAAGGGAAGCUGGGAGACAGUGGCCACGAGUUGAUCACUUUCACUAUCCAUCGCAAAGCUGGGAAGUCAGCCAGCAAUACAGAAAUCUGCGACCAUAGGAAAGCCGACUUUCAUAAGCUCAAGAGGCUAGUUGUUGAGACCCUGAGAGGCCACGAUCUGACAGGGAGAAGAGUUCACAAUGAGUGGUUGCCCCUUAAGGAAGUGAUCCUUGAAGCACAGAGGAAGUCCAUUCCAGCCUGUAGGAAAGGUAGUAAAAGGGCUUGGCAACCCCCUUGGCUCAAUAGGGAACUCAUGGACUGCCUGCAUCUGAAAAGGAAAGCUUAUGAAGGAUGGAAAACAGGAAACACCACUAAGAAGGAGCAUUCAGAACUAAUCUGCACCUCUAAGGAGCAAACUAGGAAAGCCAAGGCUGUAACCAAAAUCCAACUGGCUACACAAAUCAAGGACAAUAAAAUGUCCUUCUUCAGAUAUGUGGGAAGUCAGAAGAAAAUCAAGGGCAACAUUGGACCCCUGCUAAACCAAAUGUGGCAGCUGAUAAAUGACACCCAGGAAAAAGUCAAUCUGCUUAAUGAUUACUUUGUGUCAGUCUUUCAACAUCCCAAAGGGACCACCCUGCCUGACAAGAUACAGGAUCACCAGGGCAAGGGUGAAUAUACGCCCACCAUAGGUAUAGAUCUUGUGAGGGAACACCUUGAGAGUCUGGCCACCAACAAAUCAGCUGGUCCAGAUAGAUUGGACCCAAAAAUGCUAAAGGAACUGGCUGACAUUUAUAGCGCAGCCACAGGCAAGGGUAUUUGAGAACUCAUGGCACUCGGGCAAGGUACCUGAAGAUUGGAAGACGGUUAAUGUGGUGCCUAUCUUUAAGAAAGGGAAGAAGGAAGAUCCAAAAAACUACAGGUCAAUCAGUUUGACCUCAAUCCCUGAAAAGAUAUUGGAAAAAAUCAUCAAAGAAAUCAUUAAUGGCAGGCUAAUGGAAGGCAACAUUCUGAGGAAUAGCCAACACAGCUUUGUUGUGGGUAGGUCUUGCCUGACCAAUCUCAUUUCCUUCUAUGACCAGGUGUCACAUCACCUGGACAAAGGAGAAGAGGUUGAUAAAAAAAGCCUUUGAUCUGGUGUCCCAUGAUAUCUUCAUGGCAAAAUUGGAGAACUGCGGCCUUGACAACAUUUUUUAGCUUUGUUUCUUACUUGUUCCCACUUUUCCCCUCAUUUCUUGCAUGCUUCAAGACAGACAAAAUUUAUAUAGGAAAUGUGAAUGAAGGAGGUAGGUUGAGUUCUGUACCAUUGAAAUCAAUAGGUAUUUUUUUCAUUGACAUUAGUGGUUGCAGAAAUAAGACAGAAGUUAAGAAGAUCAGGGACAGUAUUCCAUGUGAUUUUGGGAUUGCACUCUUCUUUUCCUCUUUCCUUUGUUCCUCCUCAACCUCACUGUGCCUCUGGCAAUUUAUAACCUUAUAUUAUUAUCCCUUGUUUUUGUGAGAAGUUUUAGAUAGUAUUUGGGUAGCUGAAAUUAAAAACAUUUGUGAAAAGUUCUCCUUAUCUUUUAUGGGUUUUAAAUAAUGUAUUAUUGUUACAUAUUUGUAUUCCAGUAAUAGUAGCAUUUUGUCUAUUUGUAUUAAACUAGUGUCAUGUCACUGAUGAGAGUUCCACUGAUGUAGCCACCGUACAAAACACAGAAUAGACAUAGUCCCUGUCUUAAAAUACUUUUAAUCUAAGAUGACAGACAAAACAAUGGACACUGAAGAUGUGGAAAAAUAGGGUGAGGUGGUGGGGAAUGGACACAAGAAUACCAAAAGCUUAAGCAUUUCAUUUCCUUUGGGCAAUGGGGGAACACAUGGAUGGAUAGGUGGACAGACACUCAAAACCAGGGGAAAUUUCCUUUUUUUUUCAACAAAAAUAUUCAUCAAAAUGUUCUUUUCUGAGAAUGAAAACACUUCUGAAUGACAAAAUUAACUAAUGUUGAAUCGCUGCAAGCCAGGCAGCUGGAUAAAAACUUUUCCUGAUUUCUUUCUCAGAGAAGACAAGAAAGUUAGUGAAAGCCUGAAAUACCUCUUGUAUGGGCAGUUUUAUGAGGCUGAGAUCCUGAAUCAAGACAACAUGUAAGCACAACCUCAAAUCCAGCCUUAUUAAGGGCAGGAUGUAGCAUUUGCCCAGGGAAUUUUUCCAGAACCAAGGCCCAGAAAGAAGCUCGCUUUUAUGUUUGUUAAUUUGGACACUUGAAUUUGCUUUUCGGUGGGUUUUUUGGUUGUUGUUAUUUUGAUGAUUUUUUUUUUUUUUUUUUUACUUACCAUAAAGCAAUAACUAUAAUGUCAAAAGAAAAGAUAAUAGAGGCCUAUAUUCUCUGUGGGUGCCAACGUAUUUAAAAUGUCUAUCUAGACUACAGUGAAAAUCUUGUAAGUCAGGGGGUGGAAAUUCCUGCUGGGAGCACCUGUGUUGCAGAGUCUCUGUUGCUAAGUGCACUUUUCUUAUUGCAGAAUAUAAAGCAACUUUUACUAUUUAACUCUUUCAUGGUACCCUGUUUAUGAAAGUUGUAAAUGAGGUAAAAAAAAAAAAAGAAUAAUGUAAGAAUAUAUUUCAGAAUGAAAAAUUCACAGCUCAUAACAGAUGGCUACUCUCUCAACCAAAUUCAUAUGAUUGUUAAAAUCAGACUCUAGACCUUAGAGCUACAGCCUUACCAAUCUUCAAGAGUAGAGAAGCAUAGAGUAAAAUAUAGACAUUCUCAAAACCAAAUAAGCGCACUCAUUCUCAAUCAAAUUACAUCCAGUAUUAGAUGGCACAAUCAUUUUUAGGCAGGUCUAACUUAAACAAUGAUUUCAGCUGGACAUCAUUCCAUCUACAUUAAAAUUAAAAACCCAACAAAACAUAUUCAUUUUCAAGUUAAAAUCCCUGCAUUAGUGUUAAAAUGGUGAUUAAGAGUGCUAUAAGGUUGGAGAAUAAACCAUAAUGCAGAAGGAGCAUAUCUAGGGAGUGAGGAAAUUAAAAUUAAGUAGUAGAAAAUGUAGGCUGAAUACCAUAGCAUAACUAGGGGAGAUAACAGAACACCAGCCUUAGGCACCAACUUACAUGGGCACCAGAAUGAUACCUCCAUCCAAAAGUCUUUACCAUGGCAGCCACAUCCCUGUUCCCAGUAGUGUACUUGGGGUGGGGGGAGUGAAUGGGUCACCAUGGAAGGUCCCUGGAGGGCUCACACCACAGGGCUGUGAGCCUGGCCUCCAGUUGCAGCAGUCCAAGCUACAACAGCAGUGCCAGUUGAGUGCAGAUAGCCAGGGCAGGUACGAUACCACUUCCUGCUCCUCUCCCACUGCCCCCCAAUCUCCAAUCAUUGGACAUAAAUCCCGCAACUCUGCCUCCCUGCCCUGGGUAUUUGAAGAUCUCACCUCUACCUUCCUGGAUAAAUAUCAGGAAAAAAGCUUUUUAACAACAAGAUUUGAAGAUAAUGGAAUCCUUUCCAGGAAAAGUGAUAAAAAGGACACAGUCCCUGUUGUAAUACGUAUUGAAAUUAUUUGAAGGCAUAUUUAAGGUAUAAUAUUGACUUGAUCAUCCAGUUCAGUGCACUUGGUACAACUUUCUAAAUUGUAGAAAGAUUUACCAGGACAUAGUAUAUGCAUAUAGAGUACCUUUCUAGAUUAUAUUCACAUCAUUCUCCCUAUCUAACAAAUGUGUUAGUUUAUCAAAGAAGAUCACAUCUGGCACAAACUCUGAUCAUUCUUUCAUCUUCCAAAUACUUACAGAUUGAUUAAAUUUUGUCUAGGAAUGUUGUUUGAUACCAAAAUCAGGCUGACUAGUCUAUAAACCGCUCUUUUUUUUCCCUCUUUUUCAAGAUGGGCACUCUAUCAGCCCUCUUCCAGUCCUCUGGAAGUUUGCCUAUUAUCUGUCUUCAUGCAAUGAUUUUUGCCAGUGGUUCUGAGACUUCUUUAGCUAGUUUCUUCAUCAUGUUGGGAUAAAUUCUUUUCCAGUCCUUCUAACUUAAUUCAAUUCAAAUUUGUCAAAAGUUCCCUCAUGCAUUCUUUGCUUAUUCUGAACAGUAGCCCUUUCCUUUAUUUGUUACUACCCAUUUUGCCAGUAGCCAGUGGUAUGGUCUCAGGGAUUUUUUGUUGUCUAUAAGGACUAAAGCAAAGUAGUCACUGAACAGAUGUGCCGUGUUUGUGUCUUCUGUUAACUGGUAACUUUAAAGAGCAGAACCACUGCCUCUGUGACUGUUCUUUUCCAUAUGACAUAUUUGUAGGGCCUCUUGUUGUCUUUUAACAUCUAUUGUUAGUUGCAACCAAUGUUUUUCCUUUGCUUUCCUGGUUUUCUCCCUAUUUAUACUAUUCUUUUAUCUGCUUCCUUACAGUGAUGUGCCUACCCUUCAGUAUUUUUUGAUUUUCCAAGAGCUUAAAAGCAACAUAUGUAGCUACAUCAGUCUUUCCAGAAUGCCAGCCUUCCUGGAUUCAUGUCUUUUAAUUUGUCUAAUUCUGUGAAUUUGUUGAAAUUUGCCUCGAUAAAGUCCAAAUUCCUUGUUUUUAUUUUCUUAUUUCCUUUCUUAGAGUUAUAAAUUCUCUUAUGUUUUGAACAGUUUAAAACAACCUUCAGGUUCACUGUUGGGUCAGCCUUGUUGGUCAGAACCAGAGUCAGAGGUACCCCUUGAUGUUUCAUCAACUUUCUAAACUAGAAAAUUGUCCUUUAUGUACUUUAGGAACUUGCUGGACAUCCCGUACUUUGUUGUAUUUUUCUUCCAAAAUAUAUCAGGGAAGUUAUAACCCCUAGUACUACAAAAGCAUGUCAUUUAGAUUUCCUUAUUGCCUGUUUCAAACAUGCCUCAUCUGCUUCAUUUUUUCUGGUUUGCUGAUCCUCACAUUAACAUCACUACUGUUUGUUUUGUAGCAAAACCCCCAGGUUUUUAUUUUUUUUUAACUUAAAAAUACAUUCCCUCUCCUUCCCCAACCAUUUCUGAUUUUCUCUCUGCCCUCUCUAUCCCUUAUAAUUACUUGUAAGUAGUCAUAGGUAAGAUAAGUUCUUGUAUGCUAUUAUUGUAAUAAGCCCCUUUAUAUAUUGUAAAUAGUGUUCUGUUACGUUUGUAUUGAUUUUUAUUGUUUUAUAUAGUAUUAUAUUGUAUUCCUAUUGUUUUUCCAUUGGUUUUUAUUGUUUCAUAUUAAUAUUGUAUGGCUUAGGCUGGUGUCUGUAAAGUUAACCAAAGUAUUGUCAAGUUUCCAUUUUGUGAUGUCAAGCCUCCAUCUUGUGUCCCCUGCCUGAGCAUACCUUAUUGUAUAGUAUGUUGCAACUGUGAUGCAUACCUAACCCUCCUAUGUAAAUUGGUUCCCAAAUAAAUGGGAAUGAGCGAGGGUGUUUCAGGCAUAAUGGUAUCAGGCCUCUGCUGAAUGACCAGUAAUGACCAGACCAUCAAUUCAUUCAACCACCCAGCCAUUGCCUUGCAUUGACUCACCUAGGAACCACAGACCUCACCCAGGAACAGAGACAAAACGCAACAUUUGAAAGAUAAAGAACCUACAGGAACCCAACAUUUGUAAGACAAAGACCCUACAGAAACCAGCAACCCCACCAUUGUAUCCCACCAGACAAUGAGGAGACCUGGACCUGCACGUAUGCAUCUGAGCAGGACUGUUCCUUGCCUGAGUAUGUCCUUCCCAUAGGAGACACACCCUAUAAAAGGAGUGGUAGAGUGUGUCCUCCUUGGGAUGCCUUCUCCAUCUGAACCAGCACUAUGCCAUGUCACUUAUCCACCCAGAGGCCCUACCAGCAACACCCCCCUGGACAACACCUUGCUGGAGAAGACCCUGACUAGCCAUCGAGGAUCAGCUACAGCCCAGGAUAGAUAUACCUCUCACCUUCUUGGAUCUCAGAGCAAGCCCUGCACCUGCUUACCAGCCAAAGUGUCCCCAGUCUAAGAAUGUGUGUAUAGAGCUAUGUGUGGCCAUUCUUCCACUCCACAGAAUGGAGAGAGCAGCAGGGCAAAGCCCCCUGUCCACUCUUCAGACAGAGGCCUCUGGUAUGGGAAGUGACAGUGAGCAAUGAGCAUCUUCUCCUCAGUUUCUCAGGACUUUGCCCUGCUUCUUCACUCCUCAUCUGGACCAGACUGUGCAAUGCCCCUUGUCCAUUCCUGUCUGCUGGGCAGACCUCAGUCUGGGGAAGCACUGGAGGCAUAACUCUGCUUCUCCACUCCACUCCAAACCAGACGAAGAGGGGGGAGUCUAGACAUUCAUUCUUGCAAGAAUAUCCUUUCACAGGGAGAUUUCCCAGAUGUCAUCCUGAAAGAUCUUUCUCCCAGAGGAGGCAUAUUUCUCCUGGGAGAGAUUGAAGGAAUGCUUGUAUGAGUACAGCUUCUACUAGGGAAGCACUAAUUUUCCCAGUAGAAAAAUAAACACUUGUAUGUGUA